AAAUCCCUUACCCUCACACAACACAUAUCCACAGCCCAAAUUUUCUCUCCCAAACACUCCAUUUCUCUCCGCCGUCUCAACCUCCACGAUGCGGCGACCACUCUCUCUCUCCGCCGCCGUUCUGGCGCUCCCUCUCUUCCUCCUCCUCCUAUUCUCCUCCACUGCUGAGGCUCACAACAUUACCAGAAUCCUCGCCAAACACCCCGAGUUCAGUACCUUUAACCACUACCUCACCAUCACUCAUCUCGCAGGCGAAAUCAACCGUCGUCUCACUAUAACCGUCCUCGCUCUCGACAACUCCGCCAUGUCGGUGCUCCUCGACAAGCAUUUCACCGUCGGCACUAUCAAGAAUGUGCUCUCGCUUCACGUUCUUGUCGAUUACUACGGCGCCAAAAAGCUCCACCAGCUUUCUAAAGGUAGUACGCUCUCUUCUACUCUGUUUCAGGCCUCUGGUUCCGCCUUCGGCACCUCUGGUUAUGUGAAUAUCACGAAUGUAAAAGGCGGAAAAGUUGGAUUUGCAUCUGAAGAUAAUGGCGGUGAAUUCAAUUCGUUUUAUGUCAAAUCGGUUAUGGAAAUGCCCUACAAUAUCUCCAUCUUGCAGAUCAGCAAGGUCAUAACAUCCGCCGAUGCAGAGGCACCGACGGCGGCGCCGCUCAGUCUAAAUGUGACGGAAGUUCUGCCGAAGCAAGGCUGCAAAGCCUUCACCGAUUUGUUAAUCGCCACCGGCGUUGCUGAGACCUAUCAGUCGAACAUCGACGGCGGAUUGACGGUGUUUUGCCCUACGGAUACCGCACUGAACGACUUUCUUCCGAAGUACAAGAAUCUGACGGAGGCUCAUAAGGUAUCGCUGCUGUUGUACCACGGAAUGCCGGUCUACCUCUCUCUACAGAUGCUCAAAUCGAGCAACGGUGUCGUUAACACGCUCGCGACCCACGGCGGCAACAAGUACGAUUUCAACAUCAAGACCGAUGGCGAGGACGUGAUGGUGAAGACGAAGGUCGUGACGGCGGAGGUGACAGCGACGCUGAUUGACUCAGAGCCGUUGGUGGUGUACGAGGUCGACAAGGUGCUGCAGCCGCGAGAGCUUUUCAAGGCGGUGCCCGAAGAGGAGGACGAAGAGGCCCCGGCUCCGAAAGAGGCACCGAAGAAGAAGAAGACAAAGGCGCCAUCGCCUAAGGCGUCCGAGGGCGAGGAGGAGGAGGACGCCGACUCGCCAAUCGGCUCCGACGAGUCCGACGGCGAACCGGCGGAUCAGAAAUCGGACAAAAACGGGGCGUUUGGAUCGGAAGGUCAGAAAUCGAUCGUGGUGAUGAUGUUGAGUUUGUGGUUGGGUGUUUUGCUCGUAUGAUUUUUACAAUAGAGGCGGCACGUGGCGAGAUACUAGAGGUCCGUUAUUCAUAGAGCAAAAUAAAUGUCCACUUAUAUUCGGCGAUUUUUAUUUAUCUUUUUUUUUUUUAAAUUAUUUGUCGGUGAUGCUUUUUUUAUUUUAUUUUGUUUUAUUUUUUCGUGGAUGGUGUACAGUCACUCUAAAUAUCAAAUUGGGUUGUAUCUUUUUUAUGC